AUGCCCAAGUUAGAGUCGGCUGAGCUUCUUCACUUAAGGAAAACAAAUGUUGGCCACAAAGUGAAUAUUCCCCACGCCUCGGUGUUUCGAUUCACCAACAUCUUCAUCGAUGAAAGCAAGCGUUUCAUGCCUGGAGCAUAUCUACAAACUUAUCGUGGUGUCCCUUUGUGGUUUUCAGUUAUUGUAGCUGUGUUGAGUUUCGGAGGAGCUGCAACGCUCACUGGAGCGAUCAUUUUCCUGAUCUUUGGUUUUCCUUUCAUCGCCAUCUAUUGGCAAAACGAACAGGUAAACAGGAAGUCACUUCCACUUAUCAAGAAACAACCAGUGAAGAAUGAUCUACAAACGCUCAACGCUUUGUACGAGGUGACUUUCAAAGAACUCCAAACGAUCGCGCUUUCUAGUUACGAUCUGAAAAUUGGCUUCACUAAGACAACCGCUGGAAAAUUUAGCUUCCAGGUUUUUCACCCUGCAGCUUUUCAGAUUAUGGAUGAAGCAAAACGUAUCUCUCGCAUCAUGCUCGGCGUCUUCCUGUCUCUCGCUUUGUACAAUACUUUCUUCAUUUUUCUAUAUUCUUUAAUCUUGAAAGAGUGAAUUAAUCACGUACUUUGCACCUCUUGUCUCUAAAGGGAACGACGCAGUCGACGUUUAUAACAGUGCAAGAACCUCGAUGAAUAUAGCUACGGAAAAACGUAGAUAAACUCCGUUUUGAGAAACUAAACUGAAGAUAGCAUUAACAUACUCUUGUCAAACGUUUUCCACAUAGAACAAACCUAUAUCAUACCCUCUCAGACAAUUCUCAGAAAAAUGCUAAUCUAAAGGCAAAAUACUGUCAAAUGCUGUACAAGAUAAACUCAACAAGCGCUUUAGUAAGAAGAAUCUCAUCCAUCAAAUGAAUUUGUAUUUGGUUUUCGCUUCCUUGCGAUUACGAAAGAUACUGACAUAAAAUGAAAACAGGCCAAGUACAGAAUCAAUUUGAUCUUAGCUUUUGUACUUGAUAGUCACCUAAGAUUUGUGCUGUUACUCAAUUUGCUACCAGUCUUUAGGAAUGUAUUUUAAGGCUGCGUCAUGUGAGUACAAUAAAAGUUCCUUCUAAGAGCCGAAUGGAGCGCUGUGUUCGAAUAAAAACAAUUAAAUCGGUUGAUAGUCUAGCACAAUUUCCGAGAAAACCGAAAUGGCUCAAAUUUUACCAAAUGCGUAAACAAACGUAUGUAAGUAGCCAGUGUCAGUUGCGAGAACUGAGACCCGUCUCGAGGAUAAUACAAUAAAUCACAUCCAGAAUUCAAAUUUGCUAACCUCCCAAGCUGGAUUUGACGGGAAGAUGACAAAUUAAUUUAUCUCUUCGGUUAAAAAAGAGACUUGAGGUUUCCCGCCACCAUGUCCGGAGAGGAGGGGAACUGGGUUCAUUUACAUUUUCAAUUUCGCAGAAGGUAUCUUAUGUCAUCACAGGUGCUUGUUGUCCUCGCACUGCAAAGAGCUUCGUGCUUAAUUUUAUACUCGUGGGAGGUUUUCGGACUAAAUCAGUAAAGGUAGGAGUAAAAUUGAUAUAAUUCAGUAAACUCUGAUCCAGUAGUAAUUCAAGAUAUCUCUCCUCAAAACAAAUUAUGAUCCUGUAAAUAACCUCGCUAAGUUUAUGAAGAAGUGUACCGUAUGAUACUGAUAUGAAACUGACUGCGGAUCUGGUGGCAAGGGAUCGAACUUAGAGCUUAUUAUCUUGCAAAAUUUCACCCCAUCUGUAUUGUUAUGACAAAUUAACAGAAAAUAUGUAAAGUAUAUAGUAUAGAAAUGAAUUAUUUUUGUCUGACUAAUUUAGUUCAUUGCAUUCUUAGGUUGUCGUUGCUUGGAGGUAAACUAAUAUGUCUGACAGAGAUCGCUUGAUCGCUAACCCAGGGAGAACCGAAAUCGAACGGGUACGCUCCAAACACAUUGAAAUUAAAGAUGUUGGUACCACCACUGAAGUCAGAGACGAAAUCCACGCCCAUACAAAUCAUUAUAUCGAACAGAGCAAACCUUACUUCCCGAAAGAUAAGUUGCUUACCUACAUCGAUUGUCCGUACUUUUUAAGAGUCGCGCGAUGGUUGUGCUUUGCCAGCCUCUUUGGAGCCCUUGUUGCAGCUGGUGCAUCAAAGGUUAUUCCUGUGUUUUUUCUCGUUGCCUGCCUGCUGUUCUUCUUGUUUUACUGCCAACACGAGUGGGUGAAUCAGAAGACCUUGCCUGUUGUCCAUAAACAGCCCUUCAUCCCUGGUCAGAGAGACCUCAACACAUUUUACGAAGUGACGAUCACUGAACUUGAUGGAAUUGCUCUCCAGAAUUACCAAGCUGGUAUUGGUUUUGUUGAACUUUCUCAGGGAAAGAUUCAAUUUCAGGCAUUCAACAAUACCGCGAAGAAAUACAUGUCCGACGCCAAAUGUCAGUCUCGAUUGAUGCUUCUCCUUUUCUUGGCGGCGUCUGUCUACAACUGCUACUUUGUGGCAGCCUAUUGA